UGGUAUCAGUUAGUAAUGAUCUAGUGACAACACGGAAUUUAACGGAUUAAGUUAUAGGAAGUAUUGCGGAAAGAAAAUCGCACGCUAGAAAUUAAAAAUGCAGAAAUUGUUAAUCUGCGCUGUGUUUUGUGUGACUCUUUCGUCAAUCGUUGAGAGCGCCGCAGUGAACGCAAUAUGGGGAACAAGAAUUGCGGGUGACGAAAGACUUCUUUAUAAAAUUGUGAAACAAGAAAACGGUUGGUUCUUUACAAAGGCCGUUGAGGAUGUCGAUUUUCCAGGCAAGGGCGCCUAUUCAACAGGUAACAUUACUUACAUUGAAGCGAUUAAUCAAAAGCCAGGCAGCGGUAGCUCUGUGACCAUUUUAAAGGGUGGUAUUGGCUUCCCUUUUGUUAAACUUCAUUUUAAAUCGACCCGAACAGAAGGUUACGAUUAUGUUCUUCAAAUUUUUGGUAAACUAAAUAAUGCUCCAGUCGUUCGACCGCCUCAGCCGCAACCAUACUAUCCGCCACCCUACCCACAGCCGCAGCCGCAACCAUAUUAUCCACAACCUGGUUAUCCGGCAAGAAAUUACUAAUAUGUAAUGUUUAGUUGAACGGUUGAACUAUGUAAACACAAUUGUCCGUAAGCAUGGGAAUGUCAAUUAAACUUCUAAUAAAAUAAGUGAAAUUUGAAAUGGAAAAUGUU